UGGGUAGGCUGAAGGCCAGCUUUGAGUCCGCCCCGCCGCCUGGCAUACUGGCGGAAGGGGAAGGGGGGCAGGCGCGGUGGGAAAGAUGGCGUACCAGAGCCUCCGGCUGGAGUACCUGCAGAUCCCGCCGGUCAGCCGCGCCUACACUACCGCCUGCGUCCUCACCACCGCGGCCGUGCAGUUGGAAUUGAUCACACCUUUUCAGUUAUACUUCAAUCCUGAAUUAAUUUUUAAACACUUUCAAAUCUGGAGGCUAAUCACCAAUUUCUUAUUUUUUGGUCCAGUUGGAUUCAAUUUUUUGUUUAACAUGAUUUUUCUAUAUCGUUAUUGUCGAAUGCUAGAAGAAGGCUCUUUCCGAGGUCGGACAGCAGACUUUGUAUUUAUGUUCCUUUUUGGUGGAUUUUUAAUGACUCUUUUUGGUUUGUUUGUGAGCUUAGUUUUUUUAGGCCAGGCCUUUACAAUAAUGCUGGUCUACGUGUGGAGCCGAAGGAACCCGUAUGUCCGCAUGAACUUCUUUGGUCUUCUAAACUUCCAGGCGCCCUUUCUACCCUGGGUGCUCAUGGGGUUUUCCCUGUUGCUGGGGAACUCAAUCAUAGUGGACCUUUUGGGUAUUGCAGUUGGGCACAUAUAUUUUUUCUUAGAAGAUAUAUUUCCCAAUCAGCCUGGUGGAAUAAGAAUUCUGAAAACACCAUCUAUUUUGAGGACUAUUUUUGAUACGCCAGAUGAGGAUCCCAAUUACAACCCACUACCUGAAGAGCGGCCGGGAGGCUUCGCCUGGGGUGAGGGCCAGCGCCUUGGAGGGUAAAGCAGCUGUGCCAAUUACGAGACCCAUCUGAGAAAGACUCAGUGAAAUGUCCAUUGGGAUCUUUUAUCCCUUGUUGCAAAAGCGUGGACAGUUUUGACAGCUUGACAGAUUUUUAACUCCAGAAGCACUUUACGGGAUGGUACAUUGACUAACACAGAAGACAUUUCCAGCAGUUUGCCAGGGGUUCCUCACUAUGCUGGUACUAAAAGUAUAACCUCUUGGAGCCAAAAACUGGAGAAACAGAUACCCUGCCUGCUGCCUCUAACAAGUACAUGGGUUGUUAACGUACGCUGGAGCUCAGCAGCAUAAGGCAGGGUUUCCUCCUCCUCUUCUUUGAUAGACAAGGCCGUGGUGUAAUGGAAGUUACAGAGAGGACAAAAUAAAACUGAAUUCCAUCUCUCUCACACUGUA